CCUCAGUAUAUCAGACUGAAUCUACAUGGAAUCAACGUCCAGUCAAUACAACCUUCUGUAACGCCAGUUAGUUCGACAAUGUCAUUAUCGGAAGCCGAUGCAAAGUUCCCCGGCCAGAUCCCUCCAACGAAAACAGAGGGGCCGGAUCCAUCCAGAGAGAAUCCGGCAGGGGUAUAUCCCAAAGUAGACCCGACACCCGCACCUCCCGACACUGAGCCUGGAACUGGAGCGCGCCACGAGUCAAAGGAGGAUUACAGGCGUGAACCCGCUGCUGACUCAGCAGAGACCGGAGGCAUGUUCAAGGACUGAGCGAAGUUAAGAAGUCGUCCAUCACUGUAUACUUGUAUCAGUUUUAUUACAGUACGCUACGCCGUCUGCGUCGAG